GUCAGAGUGACGUUUGUAUUGUAUUGUGCUGUGCGAUAUAUGACGUAUGUCUACAGUAUUAUUAUUUAAGCAAAAUAUUAAAAUAACCAAAUGUGAAAUAUAACUAAAAUUUUGUGAUAACAGAUAUUACGUAAAGGAAACAGGCAUUGAAUAAAGCAAGAUAGGAAGAACGAAAUCUCAUAACCUCACAUUCAAGUGUAUGACCUCUUCCACCUUGAGCUAGCCAAAAUUACUAGUACCUGAACACCUGAUUCAAUAAUCAAUAUGGCAUCGAUGAAAUCGCUGAGAUUAUUAGGAAACAUAAAUAGAAGGGCAUUUUCCACCUCAAAAACAGUAGCCACCAAGCAAAUGACUGUGAGAGAUGCCCUAAAUUCUGCUAUGGACGAAGAAAUGGAAAGAGAUGAACGAGUUUUCAUUCUUGGUGAAGAGGUGGCACAGUAUGAUGGGGCCUACAAGGUGACCAGGGGUCUUUGGAAGAAAUAUGGAGACAAAAGGGUGAUUGAUACUCCUAUCACAGAAAUGGGAUUUGCAGGUAUUGCCACUGGUGCUGCCAUGGCUGGUCUUCGACCCAUUUGCGAAUUCAUGACCUUCAACUUUGCCAUGCAGGCGAUCGAUCAAAUCAUCAAUUCGGCGGCCAAAACUUUUUACAUGUCAGCUGGGCGGGUGAAUGUGCCCAUCGUUUUCAGGGGACCCAAUGGGGCAGCCGCUGGAGUGGCGGCCCAACAUUCGCAGUGUUUCGGGGCUUGGUACGCCCAUUGUCCUGGGCUCAAGGUGAUAUCUCCCUACAACUCGGAAGACUGUAAAGGACUACUAAAAGCUGCCAUCAGAGAUCCGGAUCCAGUUGUGUUCUUAGAAAACGAAAUUUUAUACGGUGUUCAAUAUACAAUGUCCGACGAAGCUCUGAGUAAAGAUUUCGUUUUACCAAUAGGAAAAGCUAAAAUAGAAAGACCAGGUAAACACAUAACAAUAGUAGCCCAUUCGAAAGCGGUCGAUACGUCCUUAGAAGCAGCUAAUGAAUUAGCGGGAAAAGGUAUCGAAGUUGAAGUCAUCAACUUACGAUCCUUAAGACCCCUAGAUAUUGAAACCAUCGGAAAAUCUGUGAUGAAAACAAAUCAUCUCAUUUCCGUCGAACAAGGAUGGCCUACUUGUGGCAUAGGCGCGGAAAUUCUCGCCAAAAUCAUGGAGAGCGAGGUAUUUUUCCAUUUGGAUCAACCGGCGAUUCGAAUUACCGGAGCAGACGUGCCGAUGCCUUACACGAAAAGCUUGGAGGUUGCGGCGUUGCCACAAUCAAAGAAUGUUGUGGAGGCGGCGAAAAAGCUGCUCAAAGUUAAGUAAGAGUAUCGGAGAUUUCAGAAAGGGGAUCUACUUCUAGCCUGUCAAAAUGCUUAAAACGAAUUUCGAUGAUUCAAAGUGUAAUCGCAGAAAUUUUCUAGCAUGCCAACCAUAAUGAAAUUCUUUAUUUUUGCAACAGUCAUCGAAUAAAAUGAUCUUUUGCAAACAUAAAAUUUUCUUGUCAAAAUUUGAAUUAUUGUUUAUUAAAAAAAUUCUGGGGUCAUAGUUAUAGAAAAUGUUUUAAAAUAUACAUGAAAACUCCAUACUUACUGCUUUUUUAGAUACGAGGGUCAAGCUAAUAUUAUUCAAAAAUGCAGUAUUUCUAGUAUAGACUAUCUGAACUAAUACUGAAAGUGUCAUAUUUAAAGCAACAUUAGCUUUAAUUUGUCGAAGAUAUAUUUAGAUUUCAAGUUAUGAUCAUUUUUUAAAACUUUAAUUGUUGCUAACCAAUUGAACAAUUUUGAAUAACUGAUUCAUAUGAUGAUAUAAGCUCCACCCUCGUAUUUCCUCAUUUGUAAUUUAUGUAUACUGAAAGUAUUUCUCCAACUUUUACUUGUACAUAUAAAAUUUGAAAAUAUCCAAAUAAUUUAUUGUU